CUGAGGUCGCUCGUCAGGACGAGUGUCCCCGUGGCGCGCGGCGGCGAAAGUGCACAGCAAAACAAGCGUACCAACGGCAAUGUCGUCGACGAGCAGUGCGAUCGAUGCCGAGCAGGCGAAAUCCAUCGCGAUUCGCGCGUGCGAAACGGACGGCACUCUGCGACUGGUAAAACACGAGCUGGAAGCUUACUCCAAGAGUAAAGUCGGUUUCCUCGGCAGUCACCAGAGACUCAAGAUCACCGUGGAAGACGAAGGCAGCGGUGAGACGAGGACGCUGAAUUUCUUCGUGAAAUUGGUGCCCCGAGACUCGCAGGCGCAGGUGGAGUUUGUAAAGCAGCGUCGAGUUUUCAAUCAAGAGGCUGAAUUUUUUACGAAACUGAUGCCACGGUUGCUGGAAGCCACCUCGGCUAGCCACACGGAAGCAUGGGCGCCCCGAUGUUACCUGGCUAACGAGGAUUUGGUCGUGCUCGAAGACGUGCGCGACCGAGGCUACUUCAUGCGCGAUUCGAAGAUUCUGUCGACCGAGCAGCUGAGGUCGGCAGCCGCGGCGAUGGCGCGUAUGCACGCCGCUUCGAUGAUCGCCGAGAGGAGACUCGGACAAGCGCUCAACGAGCUUUAUCCGCAAGCCUGCGCCGAGCAGAUAUUCCAUCCGCAGAUUCGCGAUCACGGUAAUGCUCUGCUGGAGUCGCUGAUCGUCGAGGUGAGCAAACGCACGAAUCGCAGCUGCAAGAACACCGUACCGAUGAUACAUCGAGCUUUCGACUUCGUGACUGGCCAUGCCAAGCAUCGCGUGGUUUGCCACGGCGACGCCUGGUCGAAUAACGUCAUGAUAAAGGACGGACAACCAGCCAAGUGUCUGCUGGUCGAUUAUCAGAUGACGAGAUACGCACCGCGGAUGUUCGACGUGGCGGAACUAAUUUGCCUCAGCACUUACCGCGACGCUCGCGACAAGAACGAGAAGACAGUGGUAAAGGCUUAUUGGGAGGAGUUGUGCGAGACGCUGAGCAAGUGCGAACCGUCGAUCGACAGACCAACGUACGACGAGUUAAUCGACGAGUACAAACAGGCCAAACAUUCCGCUUUGUUCCUUGCUGUUAUGUACCUACCGAGUAUAAUGCUCAGUUAUGAUGUAUUCGCUAAGUACAAGGAUGAUCCAGCUGCGCUUUAUCAGAAUUUCGUGUUCAGACGGAACAACGCAUGUGUUUUAGAGCUGAUGGAUCAGGAUGAGGAAUACGCAAGGAGGAUCACCGAAGCAGUUUUGGAUUUUGUGGAAAGCUGUGAGAAAAUCACCGCCGCCGAAGAAUGAUGAAACUUGUCAAUAGUUUAUAUACAUAACGUGAUUUCGAAAAGUGUAAUAUUGUAGAAAAGUGUAUUUAAUCUCUACGUUGAAUAUUUCACUUUUGUUCUCUAUUAAUUGAUACGGUGUCAAGGACUUUUAG